CGGAAGUAGACAGCGGCGGGACAGUAUUUUGAAACAACCGUCGCUGAAGCUCAUUUUAUAAGAAAAACGUCGUUUUACGACAUUGUUUUACAGACAUUCAAUGAAGUGAGUUUUCCCAACUGUCUGUGUUCACGUUGUUAUGAAAUAAAUCGCAAUAAACGUACGUUAACCGAUAUAAUUAGGUUCGAGUCAAAUGUAAACAAAGGCAAACAUGAUGUAUUUCGUCAGUAACGUUAUCUAUGCAAUUUAAAUUUGUAGCUUCGUUCAUUUUAUCCAUUCAAAUGAAGUUUAGUGAUCUAUAUAAUAACAGACACAUGUGACAGAUCAUGUGUGUUGGGCUCGUAUCAUGGACGACUCGGAUCAGGACUUCACCGACCUGUGUUCUCGUCUCCUCAAAAGAGUGAGGAAGAAAGGACCAGGAUCAGGAGAUGAGAAAAGAUCAGCAGCCAAGGAUGAAGAGCCAUCCUCACCCUCUUCUAAACGAAACCCUCUUAAGAGGAGAAAGAAGACCAGGGAUGCUAGUAAGACUGAAAUAAACAGUAAGAUCAACGGCAGGACUCAGACUGUGACGUUAGAGACUGGUGAUGCUUCCCAGCCUGUUCCUAAAGUGUCAGGCACUGAGAAGGUCAAAGAUGUAGUGAUCCGGAGAAUGCAGCGGUUUAAGAGAAACAGUCCUGAGAGGCUCCAGCAUGCACACACCAACCAAACAACCACAGAGCUUGAUGGAAACUGUCCCACCCCUGCUGGGAUCCGGCACUCUGAGGAUGUGAGCGGUGAUGAAGCCCUGGCUCUUCAGCUGCAGCAGGAGUUGGACCGUGAGGCUCGGGCCUCUGGAAACGUAGAAGAUGAAGGAUUGUUCUUCUGCCAGCUCUGUCAGAAAGAUCUGUCAGCCAUGAGCCCCUCGCUACGUACUCAGCACAUCAACAGAUGUCUAGAUGCAAGCGAGAGCAGCGCUCCUUCAGCAUCCCAUCAUUCACAGCCCAGACCACGGGUUCCAGAGUGUCCCAUUUGUGGAAAGAGUUUUCAGUCGGAAAAAAGCCGUUCUGCCCACCUAAAGCGUUGCUCGACUGAUUUGGGUGUGAAACCAAAUGAUCUUGUCCUGGCUUUAAGGAGACAGGCUGCUGAGACUCCAAGCGACAGCACUACCAAUCAGUCACAGCAAAUAGUUAGUGGUACCACAGCUAGGAAGGAUGGCAUUCCUGUAAAAAAGAAAACGAGGAGGAAAGCCCAGAAGUUGGAUGAGGACACCAUGAUGGCACUGGCUCUGUCCCGGUCUUUACUCGAGCAGGAAAUGGAGAAGAAGCGAGAGCUGGAGGAAGAGAGGGAGAUGCUGGCUCAGCUCUCCAGUCCUCCUGCAACUGUGGCUCCUGUCUUACAUUGGAAACCUGGUGCAGGUAAGGGCCGUGGGAAGAGAAGGAAAGGAGCGUCUCCUGUCCAUCCACCACUUCUUCUCAUACAGGACCCUCAGACAGCACUGAACCGUCUACAGGAGCGGGUUUCAUCUCUUCUGCUUCAUUCCAGACCCCCUUCUCCACCAACACCAACUCUCUCCGCUUCCGCUCUCCCUCUUCAUUCUCACGCCCCCCUCUGGGACAAAAGUGCUCUUCGUGGAGGAGGACCAGACUCAAUUUCGGAGUUCUACACCUCAGAGCUUAGCAACUUUAUACAGCCAUGGGUUGCACCAGAGAGAGAAAAGGUUAAGUCUCUUGAAGUAACUCCAGUCAAGAAACCUCCAGCUGUGAGCUCAGAUUCAGUCCAGGAAAAGCUUUUAGAUCAGAGCCCAGCACAACACCGGACUACCCGUCCUCUCACCCCCUGUUCGGGUACACCAGGCAGCCAGGCUUUGCAGGACCUGGUGGAGCUUGCAGAGGAAGGCAUGACCCUCACCCAGUAUGGAUACACAGCAUCUGCGCCCACAGGGGACAAGUCAGUUAAGGACAGUGCUGUGAAUGAACUUCCCUCGAGUGGAUUUGUUCCAGAGACUAAUGACAAGAAGACACCCAAGAAAUCCUCAGUGUAUGUUUUAAAGCUAGCGUCAGAUCUGAGCAGCAUGGUGAACAACCCUCAACUCAGCGAUGUGCAGUUACAGGUAGACAGUGGGGACGUUUUCUUCACGCAUUCGUUUAUGCUGUACACACGAUGCCCCCUGCUGGCCAACAUGGUUCACGAUUCAGGUUUUGGCGUUCAGGAGGAGGGCAUGCCUGUCGCACAGAGGGUGUUGUUGGGUAACGUGCUUGGGGAGGCAGUACUGGCCCUCCUGCAGUAUCUUUACACAGCCCACUGUCCUCUGACAGACACACUUCUGCCACAUAUGCAAGAGCUUGCCGAUAGGUUUGGUUUGCCUGAGCUGCAGCAGCAGUGUGAGGAAUAUUCUGGAAGUGUGGAGGAAAACCCAAGAGGCAUGUUUCCAGACCCUGAGCCUCAUCUCGGAGACCAAGAAGACCAGAAAAUGGCUGAAAGCAACUUCUUGGAGCUCCUCCAAUCAAUGUGGCAGCAUGGGGACAGCGAAGAAGAGGAUGAUUUUAAAGAGACUGCCGGAGAGGAACGAGACAUGGAAGAGGAGCAAGAGACAGGUGAUGGAGAGGAAGAGGAUCGGGUGGAUGAGGAAGAGCUUGACGAGAUCUAUGAGUUUGCAGCGACACAAAGAAAGAUGGAGACGAUGUUGGAGACUGCAACCGAGACCGAGGAAGAGGAGGGAGAUGCAAAUGCAUCCCUUGGAAAUGAGAAGAAAGAUAAAGGGAAGGAGAAAAACGAGUCAGAAUCCCUCUCAGAGAAAUCUGCCGGCAGUUGCCAUAGUAACAAACAAGGCGUGGAUGGGACGGAGGCUGCCAUGGUAACAAGUCCAAACCCCGAUUUGGAGACUGAGAGAGUUUGUUUGAUUCCAGAAUUAGAUGAAAACACAGACCCGGAUGCCAGUCUGGAUAAAAGUUAUGACCACUUAUUCUCCCAGUCUGUAGGGGAAUACAUGGAACCGUCACAAACGCCAGCAUCCUGCUCUCAGCAACAACAAAACAAGCCAUCGCGCACACCACAGCUAAACAAACCUGCCCCAUUUCGCCCGUCGUGUGUCAGUGAGGUGAUUGACCUGUCUAUAAGCCCUCCACCAAGCUCAAAUGUGUCAGGUGAGACUUCCUUCCCAAUGCCUGGAGUGUCUCCUGUUCCUCAUGAGGGUGAAAAUAGAUCUCCACUAACAAAAGGCAAUUCAGGAUCCCAGAGAAUUGAAAACCCCAAAUCCCCUUCAGAAUCUCAAAGCAAACAGGUUGAGCUCAUUGUGCUCUCAGACUCCGGUGAUGAAAUGGAAGUGGACGGUGGCCACAGUGCUGAACAUGCUUUCGAAUCUCCCUCAGAACCUCCUCAGACGUUCACAAGCUAUGCUUGCAAAGUCUCAGAGAAUAGUUUCAAAGAAUCUGGAUCCCAAGGCCUGGCCAGCAAACAGGUAAAUGCUUCUAAGCAGGUGGAGACUCGUAUAGAAGCCAAGUCUGACCAUUCAGAGCAGCGUAGCCCUGGGAUUGCGAAUGAAAGCGCGUUUGAUGGCUCUGCUGAGGUUUCCUGGCUGAUUCCAGCCACUCCGGUACCGUCCACACGCUGUAGCUCUGCCCAGACCUGCAUCAGCAUGCGUCGAACCCAACUCUUCCCCAAGUCAUCAUCCUCUUCUUCCUCUUCCUCCGUCUCGGACAGUUUGAAACCUGCUAGCUUUGGUUCUUCAAUCAAACCGGUACCCUUGCCCAAAUUCCACAAAUCAGAUCAGAGUCCUUCUAAAGAACUUCGUAGCACUGAUACGGAUUGUUCUCCAGGUUAUCAGAGACCACUUCACCAUCUAAGACUGUCUCAGGUUCCUUCAACAGAUGUUUCUCACAGUUCCCACAUUGACACCGUCAUGAGACGUCCAACACAGGGUGUCCCCAAGCCCUCAAGUAGCACUCCUCUCCAUUCAGACUCUUCCUUACAGCGUCAGAUCCCGUUUGGCUCCCCUAUGGUUGAUGACUGUGAGGUUCGGCUUAGGCAUAGUAAAGAUAAUUCUAGAUCCUUCGGUAGUCAGGUGAAGGUUGGGUUAAUGUCUCUACAACUAAGUUCUUCAUCCUCUAGUAAAACACCUGAGAAGAUGCAAAGUAGCUCCCCUCCGCAGGGAUGCUCCAGUCCGUCUACAAACUCUCAAAGCUACAGUUGUCCAGAAAGAUCAAGAGAGAGUGAGAACAAUGGGAUAGAGGGAAUGGAAUUGGGAGAGAAUCCAAAUCAAAGUGUUGAAGAAUUGGUGGAGAUUGGGGAAAACUCUUUUUGUGACAUGGAUGGGUUUGGAAGAGGAGUUGGAGAAGAGAAUUCAAAUCAAAGUGUUGAAGAAUUGGUGGAGAUUGCGGGAAACUCAUUAAAUGACAUGGAUGAGCCAAAGAGAAGAGAUGAAAGUCCUAAUCAAAGUGUUGAUGAAAAUGAUGAUAUUGCAGGAAACUCCUGUGACAUAGAUGGGUCUAGAAGAGGAGUGGUAGAAGAGAAUCCAAAUCAUAGUGUUGACGAAGUGGUGGCUGCAGGAAACUCAUAUUGUGAAAUGGACGAGCCUCCUAUAGCGUUUGAUGACUCCUGGGGUUUGAAUGGAGGGGUUGGAAGCCAGAAACCCCGUUUUAGUCUACGACUUGACAGCAGUGAAGGUACAGUCAGUCCACCAGGUCUCGAGAGUAAGGGACCAAUGUUCACAUCUCCUCUUGCAUCUGGAGCUUGUAAUAAAACUCCUGAUCCAAGUCCAGGUCCUUUGAAUCACAGCCUACCUCAUCCUGACAUGUGGGAUGAUUGGGAGGAGGAAGAGGUGGCUCCCCUUCCACUUUCUCAGAGAUUGGCAGCUCCCUCUGCCAAGAGAGUUGCUGAACUGAAGACUCCAGUUGCUUGCAGAAAGAGGGAUAAAGCACCACUGGUGCCCAUCACUCCCAUGCCAGGCUUCUCUGAUAUGGACACACCAGAGCUCAAAAACAGACUUAACAGGUUCGGCGUGCGCCCGCUCCCCAAGAAGCAGAUGGUUCUGAAGCUGAAAGAGAUCCAUCACUACACCCACCAGCUGCAGAGCUCAGAGUCAGAGGAGGAGACCUCUGGACCCCAACGCCCCCCAAAUGCCUCCAAUUCCCGAUCUGCUCUGCUCUCCUUUAAGCAGCCAACAGCGCCCUCUAGUGUCUCACCUGUGAAACUACUACCAAGUGAAGAAGAUGAGCUUUUAUCAGCCUCACAAAACUCAAACACAUCCUCCACUGCGGAGUCUGACAGGUCAAACCCAGAGCUGUGUGUGUCCGAAGACGACGACUCGGACAACGAGGGCAUCACGGCGUCUCAGGCUGUCGUGCGCGAGAAGGACAAACUCCUCGCAGUUCGUCAGUUCAUCCUAUCCGAUCCCAAACUGUACGCGCAAGUGUUGCAGUACCAGCCUCUUUCCCUGGCAGAGCUGCAGUCCAGCUUGAAAGCGGCAGGCAUCAGGUUAGGUGCUGCUAAACUGUUAGACUUUCUGGAUUCUCAGUGCAUUACGUUUAGUACGGCCAAACAGGGCCAGAAUGCAUCUUCCCGCAGGAAACGACGUGUGAAAACGGCAACCAACGCAGCUGGUGCAGCCGGAAGAGGGAGGAAAAAAAGCAGCAAACCCAAUGGAGGAAUUGCAUGAGGGCUGAAAUGAAAUAAUGUGGUAAAGCUACAUGGUUUUAAGAAUAAGUUGUUGAAGGACAAUAAUGGUUUCUGUUUCUGCUAAACACAUCUGACACACACUCAGGGUCUUAAACCUUUCAGUGAAAGGAUUUGAGUUAAAUGCAUUUGUUUCAUUUUUUUUUUCUAUCGGUUUCAAGGUUUUUUUUUUGUACAAUGUUUGAAAUGAAAAUAUUAUUUUUAAAUGAAUUUAAUUUAAUGUCUGGAUAAUGUAAUUAAAAAACAUGUCUUAAUGUAUGUGUCACAUGUUUGUAGACAAGAAUUGGUUCAGUUUAUCUGUUUUAUGUUGUACAUUUAAUCCGCUUUAGAUUACUUUAACCAAAAUGUGGCUCUCAAACAAACUCCUUGCCAAAAAAAAGGUUACAAAAACAGUCAAUAAAUGUGCAGUCAACCAAUUUUUCAUGAAUAUAAAUUAAGAUUGUGAAACUAUCAAGACUUUUUUUGCUUUGUGACAAUAUUUCAUGACAAAUAAAUAUAUUUUACACAAGUA